AUGCAGAAAUUCUAUGACAUGCUGAACCAGAUCAGUGUUACUAUGCCUUUUGUGGAGGCACUUGUGAAAAUGCCAGGGUAUGCCAAGUUCAUGAAAGACUUGGUCACCAAGAAAAAAAAUGUCAACUUUGAGACAGUCAAAGUGACACAUCAGUGCAGUGCAAUCAUUUCACAAGCCGGAGUGAAAAAGAUGAAGGAUCCGGGGGCGUUCACUAUCCCUUGUAUUAUCGGUGUGACAAGCUUUGCCAAAGCAUUGUGUGACUUGGGGGAAAGCAUUAAUCUAAUGCCUUAUGAUGUGUUCAAGAAACUAGGUUCGGGUGAUCCAAGGCCUGCUUCUAUGAAGCUUCUUAUGGCGGAUCGAACUCUGAAAAAACCGUUGGAGGUCAUUGAUGACAUUCUUGUCAAAGUGAGUCGUUUCACCUUUCUAGAUGACAUUGAGAUAUCGGAUUGCGAAGUGGAUAGAGAGGUCCCCAUCAUACUUGGUAGACCAUUUUUGGCUACGGGGUGGGCCAUAUGUGAUGUGGAAGAAAAAGAAUUGAAAUUUCGCUUGAAUGAUGAAGAAGAAAUCUUCCAUAUCUAG